AUCGUUGCCGUAACUGCCGCCUUAUUUUUUAUGAACACAAUUGGUUCAGCUUUAGAUUAUCCUCCAAUUCAUCCAAAUCCACCCAACGACUCAUCCAGAAUAAUCCGAACUGGAAAUUACAGAUUCGAAGAACUGUACAUUUUACGAAGAAAUAUAAUUCCAUUAAUAAUGCUCAUUUCUUCCCUGUGUCAUGCAACAGUUGGAAGCUGGCAGUUUUUCAAGAUGCGACAUUUCGCAGCCAGCUAUUUCACAUUUUGGACCGAAAUUGUGGAAAUUAUUAACAUCGACGUGGCUGAAGGGGUGAAGCGUUACAUGACCAUUGUUCUUUCCUGUUAUGGUGGAUUUCUUGUAAUUUUCUUUGUCGUCUGCGCCAUGGGUUUUGCUCCGGUGGCGUCAGGAGGUCAGAUAGGCUUGAAUGGAGAUCAGAGGUCAGGGUAUUAAAAACUACAAUUGAUUUUAUGUAUAGGACCAGCCAUUCUCGGAAUGCUUUGUGUUCGCUGCUUUUACCCCAGAAUUCACACCCAUUCAAACUUUUGGGUUUUGCGAGGUUUUGGAGGAUUUCUAUUUUUUUACAUUUUAAUCUGCUCCAAAACUUUCAUUCUCUUGUUUGUGCUCAUCUGUCGCCUUCUGCGAAAUUCAUUUGCCGUAUGGAAUACUCGAUUGCAAAGAGUCCUUCUAAAAGGUGGGUCGAACGAAACUAAAAAUUGUAAUCCUGCGUAUCUCUCGCUCACUCUAAUUUUUCGUCAUAAAGGCGAAGACAAGUUUCGAAGUUCGGAAAAGAUUGUGGACCGAACCGAAUUUUCUCUUUUGUUUAAAGAUCACGUCUGCAUACUGGAUCUUCUGGAAGGGGCUGAUGCUCUUUUCGCCAAUAUUAUUGAGUCAUAUUAUGCUUCACAGGUAGCAAAAUUAUCUGAUCGCGUGCAUUACAACAAAAUGAACCUUACCACGAUUUAUCGACAGAUUUGUAGCAUAAUCUUCGAGGUGUACUACUUUUACAGGAGCCAAGGGUCAGAAGAAUUUCAAGGAGCACGACGAUUGGACGGAUUAAUAAUUACUUUGUACUUGAUACAUUCUCUUGCCAUUUUGGUCGUUGUGUCCCUUGCCGCAGCAGAAGUGGGAGAAGUGGCAAUGGACGGCUUGGCAGUUUUGAGACAACGAGGAAUGAUGGGCUCAAUGAGUGAUGACGAGUUAUACUUUAUAAUGAGCAUGUACACAAGUUAUACGGGUCAUUUCGAAACAGCAUUGAGUGGUGGAGGCAUGAAAUUAAAACAAAUAUUUUGCCACUUAUGUACUUUACAAAUAAUUUUAUCAUUUUAAAAUUGUAGGCUAUUUUUCGCUGGAUAAAGGAUUUUUAGUAACUGUGAGUAUAUCUACUUCGGGUCCAAAUACCAUCAAAAUCUCUGGAUUUUACAACUCAAUCUUUAUGCACGCAUGUCUUUCUUAUUUAGAUUGUGGGAACCGUGUUCUCAUAUUUUAUA